UCUCUCUCUCUCCGACGCAAUCGUCUUUCUCCCUCAACGGUGGCUAUUCAUCCAAGCUUAACUCCACGAUUCACAUCCACGAGAGAAAAUCCAAUGAUGCAGAAGUCGAGUCACUGCGAGAGGAAUACCAUCAAAGGGUUGCAACACUUGAAAGGAAGGUGUAUGCUCUUACAAAGGAAAGGGACACGCUUCGGCGGGAGCAGAAUAAGAAAAGUGAUGCAGCUGCUCUUCUGAAGGAAAAGGAUGAAAUAAUAAAUCAAGUUAUGGCUGAAGCUUCAGGAUUAUGGCCUUCGUCUACUGAAAGGAAAUUGCUAUUUGAUCCUGUUAUAUCUUUUAUGGGACAAAUAAAUGAGGGAAGUAGUGUUGAUUCAUCACAGAAAGUUGAGUCUUCAGAGCAUCCGCCAAAGGUUGACAAAUCAUCAGGGGAAUCUGAAUCUCCACAAAAACUCUCUACUGUUGAGGCAAAGGAAGGGGUCAAAACAGAAACUUUACAACACUCUUCAACUGAACAGAUGGCUGAUAAGGAGGAAACUGAAGUUGUCAAGGAAGAAACAGAUGAUAAGCAUGAUGCGACGGUGGAGGAAACAGAGACUGUGGUAGCAGAGCCUGAAAAAUCUGAAUCUGAAUCUGAAAAAUAGAAAAUCUAUAUGUUGGGGGUUUUCUGGCUAGCUAAAAAUCUAUUAUAAUGGCAAAACCAGCAGGUGGCCCUAGUGAGAGAGAUCAGCAUGCAGGGAUGGAUGAGGACUAAUUUUCUGUGUAUGACAAUUGACUAUCUUUGCUUGUAUUGCUCUAUGUUAGAGAUCUUUUGUUCCAUUUUAGUAACAAUUUUGUUUAUGAGAAAAAGAAACAUAUUGCAGUUCAUGCUUUGUAAAUGCCAUCUUCUGUUAUGAUGGACACGUGGUAUGCUCUUGUUGGGUAGGUUUUGGAUUGAAACCAUGGUCGAGUGCUUGAGCCAUGUUUAGUGUGAAGCUUGAAUGGAUUUUCUUUUCUGUUGUAUUUGGCCCUUGUCUUUUCAAGCAUGCCAAAAAUCAUCCUAGUUUUGUAAUAUGUGGUUUGUGUCCAAUUAAUUUACUGUGGACCUUGCAUUUUUGUA